AUGGAAUCUGGAAGUACUUUGCCUAAUCCAGGCAGUUAUCCUGGAGGCGAUCGACAGCAGUUCUGCGUAUCUUGGAACUCCCAUCAAUCAAAUAUGCACAGCGCAUUUCCAAAAUUGCUGAGCUCGGAGCAGUUUGUGGAUGUGACUCUGGCAUGUGACGGAGGUUCGAUAAAGUGUCACAAAGUAGUAUUGUCCGCUUGCAGCGAUUACUUGGAACGAUUGCUGUUGGAAAUUCCAUGCACUCAUCCUGUCAUCUUUUUGAGGGACAUGAAAAUGUGGGAACUUCAAGCUCUCGUAGAAUUUAUGUAUCGUGGAGAGGUGUAUGUAGAACAGCAACAACUGGCUACAUUGAUGCAAGCGGCAGAGGUUUUACAGGUUCGUGGCUUAUCCACUCAGGGAUGCGAUAACUCGACAAAUGACAGCAAUACACAACUGUGCGAUUCUAAUCCACCUGUCUCUCCACCGACGCCUACUCAUGGCGAUUCCAGUUACAAGCCUGAUAACAAUUCAUCUAAUGAUGGAAGUACCUCUGACUUCCUGCCGACAUGUUCGACGAUGGCGGCGACUAGCACGGGGAAUACUUCGUCAACGAUCACCCCAGUCUCCCAGAACCCCAACUCUACGUCCAACUUCGUGAACAUGGAGCACAGCGAAGCGCUGCAACAUCUCGAGAAGGCUCUCAGUGCUUGCGAGGCUACUCUUACUGAGACUCAGGGAAUGGUAAAGAUGGAACCGGAUGAGCAAUUCUCUCAGCAACAAGAUGUAAAACCUUAUUCCAUUAGUAUGGUGCCCAGCAGUAAUUGCAACCCUAGCAGCCCAUUCCCGGCAAUUGAAGGUUAUCAAAGACGACAAAGGCGAUCGGAAGAAGAACUGAAACAAGCUUCGGACAUGGUUGCGCGCGGCAUGACGUUUCAAGUAGCUUCGGAAAAGUACAAGAUCCCAAUCAGCACAAUUCGAUUCUACAUGGUCAGAAAAGGCAUUCUACAAAGGAGAAAGCGCGGCCGCGGCUCCAGCAACCUCGGAAUGAACAGCCAACCGGGUAGCCCAGCCAGUCCGCCGUACCAUAUGAUGAACUACCGUUUGCCGGAGAGCCUAAAUUCCAGCCUACCGUAAUGCUGUACAAAGAAGUAUUUGCGCGCGGCACGCUUCAUUAUUCACUCGCGGCGUAGCGACACGUUUGCGCGCCGAUUCACAAGACUACUCUAUUUACAGCAUAUAACGUAUAUCUUCGCAUUUAUAUUAUCGUCUACCGUGUUUAGAUUGUACAUGAUAGACAUAUAAUUUGAGUCUCGAACAGCUCCACUCCAUGUACAUAAAAAGUACCACAUGUAACAGUUCGAACACAGCAUUAAGUUAAGAAGCUCUAUUUGCAAACGCGUGAGCGUAUUAUAUCGUGGUUAAGUUGAAUUUAAUGUCCUUUGGAAGACUGUCUGACGCGCUUUUUUUGUUUUAUAAAGUACAAAGGUAUAUGUUAUUUCAUAAUAUGCUAUAACAUCGCGUUAAGAGGACGGUUUACUUAGGAACUUAUAUUUAGGAGCUUAUAAGUGUUUAGGAUAACUUAAGAGAAAAUACAUGUACUUAUAAAAUACAUGUAUUUUUUAAGAAAGAAAAAAUAUGAAGAAAAAAGACGUAAUUAACGAUUUUUGAAGCUCUUUAAAGUAAACUACCCUCUUAAUAUCUGUUCUCGAAUCAAAGAUAGCAGCAUUGCAUAAAAAUUCCAUCCGUCAUUUGAAAUGAAUAUUGAUGAUAUAUUUCAUAUUUAUAAACAGGGAGUGAACACGGAGACAAUUUUUCUAGAGAUUCUAUGACUACGUUUACGCGGACAAAUAAUUAGGUUUAGUUUAGGUUUAGUUGUAACUACUAACGUGAAACGCAACGUAAAAUGACGUGUAAAUAGUACUUUGCACCGGUUUUAAGUCGUAACACACCGGUAUAAACUGUAAACGUAGUCUACGUCAAUAUCAUGUGUAUUUUUAUUUUUAUAAAACUAUCAUGUAGAAAAUUACUGGCAUAUAACUUUUUGUUAAUAUUGAAUAUUAUACUAAUAUGUCAUAGUAAUAUUUUUACCAGUUUGUUUUUAUUUCAGUUGAAAUUAUAAGAUAUUGUGGUAAUCGGUAUUUUUUAUACUUCUUUUUCAAUCCCUGUUUAUAAGCAUUUGUGUCAUAAUGAUAAAGAUAAAGAUAAAAUGAUAGAUCAAGAAUUUAACAAAUUACGUUUUGAAUCUUAUUAUUUUGAGACUUUUUUAUACGCAGGAUUUGUGUGCUAGCAUACUUAAUGAUAAAUAUUCACGAUAAGAGUAUAAUUUUGAUAGGAUCUGUAGAUAUGUCGACAAUUCCUUUAUGCUGUGGACGAACGCUACACGUAUGGUUGAUUCUCAGUCGUGUUCAGUUCUUCUACUUAGUGACCGGUGUAGCUGCAUACAAGAUGUGAGAUGUUUUUAAAUUCUACAUCAAUGUCGCUCAUAGCGAGACAGAUUUACAAAAGUGCAGUUCAAAAAAGGAGAAAAGACAAAAAAAGCACACAGAAAAAGAGAAAAAAGAAGAUUGACUAUGUCAUAUAACCGAUAUUUUUUUAAUGACCUCGAAAUGUUUUGACGGGAAAACAUCCAUAGCAUAAGUUAUUUUUUAUUACAUCAUAUUUAUACAUGAUUCAGUGAAGCUCAUCUUACUCUCGUUAAGUUGUCUGUGGCAUCUGUACACACGUUAACAUGUAUGUAUUUACCGAGUAUUUAUCUUUCUGUAUUUUAAAUGAACCUCCCCAUGCCGGGGAGCAAACAGAUUAUAAUUGCGACACACUUUAUAAUCGUGCACCAGAGUGACGCUUAAAGAUCAAAAAUGUAUACAAUUGUAGAAAAAAGACAGCGGGACUUGUCCAUAAACGUCGAUUAGUAGUCACUAUGUUUAAGACUGGUAACACGUGGUUAACAUAACCAGAUUUAAAAAGUCUUAGACACAGCAAUCCUCAAUCUAUUAUACAAAUAUUUUUGUAGGCACUUUGUCGAGGAAGGUUUCUUCUUUCUGCCUUUAUUCUAUAUAUACCUUGAUAACUUAUACAGUAAGAGGAACCGGUAUUUAUUCGAAGUUUACCAUUUAGCUUUGUUAAACAUCACAAGAGAUGAACGAUCAUGACGUACGUAGUGUAAUGCUUUUUACAUGCUAGUGUACAAAAAACAGCAUUUGUAAUUGACGAUAAGAAUCACCCGGUGUCUGUAAAAAUCGGCGAAACGCCGGUUUCUCGUUAUUUUUACGAACACUGGUCCUGCCUUUUCAAAGAAGUUUAAUUGUAUGACAACAACUGUGGCGCGCAUACAAUGUAAUUGUACGGUGUAUUGCCUUUGUUAAAUAGCAUUUGGAUAAAGCCAUAUUUUUCCAUGCAACGCAAUAAUCCAGCAAAAUAAAUUACAGUUAAACUGAGAAGCAGCCUAAAAUAGGAAAGAGUGCCAGAUACAAAACAAAUGUGGACAUGAACAAUAACAGAUAGAAGAUAAAGUAAAGUUUAUCUAUUAUCACUUAGAGUGUAACUGCCUUUCUCUGGCCUCUCAUACUGGAGCGUUAAUUUAUUUAUAUUAGACAAUAUACAAGGUACAUGUAAAGAGGAGGAAAAAAAUUAAUCUAACUUAGAAGGCUUGUUAGAGCUUUUAUUAAUUGCAGCCGUUUAACUGCUGCCAUCCGACUGAUAAUGAACACAUUCUCAAGGAGCUGAAGUUGAACAUUUAAUCGAAACAUAUGUCACAGAUCUUACAUAAUUGUAUUUAUUCUCAUUUGUCAUUUCUUUAUGCGAUCAUUACGUAUUCAACACAAUCUGUUGUCUCUUUAGGCUUCACGAUGAUAUCGAGAUAUUGAUGAAAAGUAGAAAAGAGAAAAAUAAUCAAGCACAUAUUGGAUAUUGUGAUGUUAAACGAGAAUUGAAAAAGCAUGACUUACAAUUGUUGCCUGUUGUAAUGUCCAGUAACUGGUUGAAUUGUAAUGACGUACUCGUAUAUAGCAUUCUUUCCAGUGAGGAAUCAGUAUCGUGUAAAUCAUUGUUCUAAGAGUUCCAGUUGACAAAGGUUUUAUACGGAUCUAUUAAACCAGUAUUUCAAACCAAUGAAAAAUAAUUAGUUUUCUAAUAAUAAUAAUACAAUACGAUUUUAUGUGAAUUUAGUACAGUGCUUAAGUCAGUAAUGCUCAGCGUAUCUAACAGAUAUUUUUAGUGGAAAAUCCGUGUCAUACUCACAUGUAUCAUAAUGUCUUAAAGUAUGUAACUAAACCACAAUCAAAGAAGUGUGAACGAUACUUAAUGACUAUUAUCAUAAUAGCCACUAUUAUAGCAGUAAAUAGGUAGCCAUUUUGAGGCAGUUUAUAUUAUAUUUAAUUACAUUGUAUCGCUUUGGUCUCUCCGUUCUUUUUUUUAUGAUGGUAUUAUUAUUUGUAGAUAGAAUCAUUAACUGGUAGAGAUUGAACCUCCAAUUAUUUUUAAGUACUUUUUUUUACAGUUACCGAAUAUCUAAUGGUUUAAAUAGGCAAUGCAAUUAGAAACAUGCGCAUACAUAUACAUAUACAUACACAAACACACAGAUGAGAUCUGUUUUUGCGUAAUCAAUGCGAUUGUGUGUACGUUUUGUCGUUUGAUUCUUCGUUAUCUUUCAGACUUAUAUUUGUACGAUUACGUAUUUAGUUUUUUUUUGGUAACACAUUCAUAUUCGUAGAAGUAGUGUUUUUAUAUCCUCUUUUUAGCUUAAGUUUUUAUUAUUAGUGGAUUCAGAUUAGAUACAAUUGCAUUAAACUUUCCGAGGUAAUACGUUGCACGCGAGUCAACGCAAUCUUUUAAUGGAUUCAAGUAAAAAGGAGGACAUUGAAAUGACGAAAUAAACGCGUCGCGUUUGUGAGUAUACGGAUGAUUUAUUCAUUAAUUUAUACAUUACGUCGGAAAGUAUGCCCGAAUGACAAUUGCAUUCUUUAAUACGUUAGUAGUUCUCUUUUCCUAAAAGAUCAAAGAUCGAAAACAUAUAGUUGCUUGCCUAUUUACGACGGAAAUCGAAAAAUUAUGUGCUUUGGUGUUUUCAUAAAAUGAGUUGUAGCGACGACAGGCUAAUUGAUGCUAAGUAAGAGUUGAAUUUUCUAAUUGUAGAUUCCGUAAGAGUAAUAUCUAGUAUGAUUGAAUCUAGUACGAUUACACUGUAAGGCUUUAUAUGAUAUAUCUGAAGUAUGCGAUAUUACGCUGAAUCGUCGCCGAUCGCUUCGAAACGCCUUUUCCGAAGACUUGUUUACUCAGUUUCCUGCUCGCAGCGCGACUCGUCCGAAGCGAUUCAGUAUUAUGUCAUUGUACAUCGCGCGCGAAAGCUUUCGACUGCAUCCGUUAGAUCUUUAAGCAUCCUGUAGCAUAGUCGCCACUUAUUAUUACUACACAAAUGUAUACCUACUUGCGUUGUCCUCGCAUGCCCGUAUUCAAGAUGCUCUGGUUUAAUUGGUACGCUAGCAGCCUCGCCUUUGAACUUUAUACUUUUGUCAAUAUACGAAGACCAUUGUAUUGACUAAAAUUUGUUUAAGCGUUAAAAGUGAACACAUAUUUUGGCGUAUUUGUCAACUGCAGUAUUAACAUUAAAAGAGAAAAAAGGCAAAAUAAGAACUAACAUGCGGAUUUAGACGCGCAAGAAGAUCUAAUUUAUUAUCAAGAAAAUACAAAGAAAAAUAAAAACAUACGUUUUGAUCCGAUUUCCAUUUCGAUUCUCUCUUCGGUUAGUAUUACAAACAGUAAGACAAUCAUGCUUAAAAAAAGAACGCAUGAUUUCUUUACCGUUUUUGUAAUAUCAGACUAAAGAAAGUCAGGAAAUCAAACCUAAACGUAUUUUUUUAAUUUUUUUCGUACUUGUUAAUAAAUUAGAUCUCUUUGCGUAUUUACGUUCACGUGUUUUUAUUGCCUUUUUCUCUUUUAAUAUUUUUUAUUAAUGCGGAAUUAUUUGUUAUUCUAUUGCAGUAUUAACAUUUUAUUAAUGCCCAUAAUUAUACUAAUACAUCGCGAUAUUACUGUUACAUUUACUAAUUAACGGUAUAACAGCUAUGUGUUGUAAUUGUAUCUAUAAUUUAUCUACGAUUUAUAUUUAUGAUGAAUUGGCAUUGUCGCGGCGUUAGGAUGUCAUUAUGCAUUAAGAGUAAUGAAUAAGCGCGAGACUGAAUUAAUCUAAUAGAUUCACGAAGUUGCUGGGCUAUCGGGAUUAAAUUCUGUUACUUCUGUUAAUGUAUAAUAAUGUGCUCUUAUAUUCUAAAUAAUUAUUUUUUGAAUAUUGACAAGACGCGACAAAGGCAUUAAUAAAUGUAAUGCGGCAAAAUGUUGAAUGAAUAGAACAAAGAUGUAAUCGGAGUAAGAGCAUAAAGGGAAAAGGCAUGAUGCAAUGGAGCCAGAAAGAAAAAAUGAUUUCUCUUGCAAAAGAGGAAUAAGUUGGUCGAGAAUCGAAUUUAUCAGCAUUGAUGAUACACAGUAUGUCUCUUAAGUGGCGUCUCGCAGCUUUGCGCUUGCUUACGUAAUCUCUGUUAAAGCGAAUACGAAGUUUCGAAAUGCCAAUUGUCGGUGGAUAACACUGUACUAAAAAUGAAGAAAAAUAAUUAUUUCUCAGACAUAUUGUAUACAUCAUGUAUUCUUGAUUUGUCAACACUGUUGUUGUGAACGCGUUCUGAAUACGGGCCGAAGCGUGCGGAUUCAGUGUAAUACGACGUGAAAGACACAUACGCGUACAUGAACACACAAGAAAAUAUAAAUAUAUACGUGCGUACACGCAAAAUACAAAAGAGAUAACGGACGAGGGACGAAACAAGUCGAACUCGCCUCGUGACUGUAAUACAAUUCAGAAUAUUACAGAAUAUACCGUGCCCCGUUCGGUUUGCUGAUCGCAACAAGCCAGCUUUUGUAAACUCGUGUGUAAGGCCGCUAUAGGUUACAAAAUGAAGGGAUGUGUAUGAAGGGAUGUAUUGAAUAGGUACAGGAAUUUAUAUAAAAUUAAGAAAAGGACAAAAAAUACUGGUAUAAAAAUACUGGUAAAGUAAAAAAGAUAGGGUGGAAGAGGAAAAAGUAAAAGGACUUUCGAACGCCGAACGUACGAGUCAAAAGUCCAAAAGAAAAGAUUUUAAAAAUCGAAUGUACGGGGAGAAAGUUAAAAAGUAAAGAAUUUAAUUUUUUUUUUUUUUAAUCUUUGGACUGCGAACAGCGCCUGUAGACGCUCGAUAGAGAUUCUUCAUCGUAUAAUAAUGUGCUCUACGAUCGGUGCCUGUAGACUCUGUAGAAUCUCGCUCGCUGUGUAUCAUCGGCCUUUAGAGACUUGUAUGAUAUAAAAUGGAACAAAAGGAGGUUAUUUUAUGUGCAAUGAUAAGAGUGACUAUUUCUAGCGUGAUUAACUUUAAACGGUUCAAGAACAGAAUUGCGAAUAAUGUAUAUCGUCAUAGGAGAAAAAAAUUUUCAACUUUUACAUUAGAAAUAGUCAUAUUAAGAUAAUUAAGUGGCUUUUUUAAAUGCGAAAAUUAUCUGAAAGAAAAAUGUUUCGCACAUAAACGACUACUGUUUUAGCUUGCUAGUACGUAGUGUACACUUUGCUGUCGAAUGUUCAGCAGUCAAAGGAUUAAAUGUCUCUUUACUUUUCGACUUACUUCCUUAUGGGAGGAGGAAAAAAAAACUUGUAACCAGUAAUGUUAAGUGUAAUUGAAAA